AUGACUUCGAAUCCAUGUGAUAGUGUUCGUAUUGUUCUAACACCAAUAAAAAUAAUUCGUGAUACAACAACAGGUCAAUGGUCAACACCAAGAGCAAGAAAAGAUUCAAUACAAAAUCUUAAAUACAAUCUUCGUGUACGAACACCAUCAACACCUGUUGUUUCAUUAUCAUCACCUAUUGUCAAAAAAGAGUUAAAUCAUACACCAAGACCUUCAACAAGAGCAAGCCGUCUAAUUAGUUUUGAAAAAGAUAAAGAUGAUAAUGAACAAGAACAAUACUCUUCAAGUGAUGAUGAUGAUGAAGACGACGAUGACGACGACGACGAUGAUGAUGAUGAAAGUUCAUCGAGUGAAGAUGAAAAGAUUGUCACAAAUAUAACUACUACUGCCACUAAUAAUCGAAAAACAAAUUUGGUUAAUAAAGGAACACCAAUUACAAAAAAAGGAAAACCAACGUUUUUACCUCGGAUGAAUACAAUGACAUUAUCUGAUUUACAAAAUGAUGAUGAUAAUUCAUUAUCGAUGGAUAUAUCCAACGAUAAAUUUGUUCAAGCUCGACAAAGACUUUUACCAACAAACUUACCUGAAGCUCCACCAUGUCGUGAACAAGAAUCUAGUUCGAUUUCAGCAUUUAUUACAAAUAAACUCGAUGCACAAUCUGGAGGAGCUUUGUAUAUAAGUGGUGUACCUGGUGUUGGAAAAACAGCUAUUGUAAAUAAAGUAGUACGUGAAUUAAUGCUUCUUUCAACUGAUACUGAUCUACCACAAUUUAAAUAUAUAUUUCUAAAUGGAAUGAAAUUAAAUAAACCAGAAAAAAUUUAUAAUCAACUUUUACAAGCUAUUAAUCCUGAUGAAAUCAAUCGAAAACGAAGUGCAAAAAUGGCCUGUAAACUUCUUUCGAAAUAUUUUACAGAUCGUUCGAAUAAAAAAAAACAAGCAAUUGUUUUAUUACUGGAUGAAGUUGAUUAUUUAUAUACAAAAAAUCAAACAAUAUUAUAUAAUAUGUUAGAAUGGCCACAACAACCCUAUUCAAAAUUAAUUGUUAUUGCAAUUGCGAAUACACUUGAUUUACCUGAAACAAUGUUUAAAAAAAAACUUCAAUCACGUUUAGUAAGUGUUUUUAUUUAG